CACAGUGCUAGCUAUUUGGAAAAUGAAACUGGUUCGUGUUUGACUUCGAGACGCAGCAAACAGAAAAACGAAAACAAGACAGGUAUUAGAUUAAACAAAAAAAUCCCCCUGGAGUUGACUCUUUUAACUUGGCGCAGCGGAGGAGGAAGAACCCAUCGCUGGUAAUGUUGAGUAAACACCCUCACUGGACAGGACGUACUGUACUGCAAUGGAGUCUGUAGCGGGGGGCUCAGCUACCUGGUGAGACUGAAGCUGUUGUCACUAUGGCACACUUUGACACCGAGUACCAGCGCCUGGAGGCGUCGUACAGCGACUCUCCACCCGGAGAGGAGAACCUGCUGAUGCAUGUGCCUGAAGGAGCCAAAUCACAUUGGCAUCAUAUAGAAAACCUGGACCUGUUUUUCCAGAGAGUCUAUAAUCUGCACCAGAAGAAUGGAUUCACCUGUAUGCUGUUGGGAGAGGUCUUUGAGCUAGUUCAGUUGCUGUUUGUGAUUGGCUUCACAGUGUUCCUAGCUAACUGUGUGGACUAUGACAUACUCUUUGCCAACAAGUUCGUAAAUCACACUGAUUCAUCUAAAGUCACUUUGCCUGAUGCCUUCCUCCCUGUGGAUGUCUGCAGUGCACGUAUCCGAGACAAUGCAUUUGUGAUUUUUGUGCUGACAAUCUCUGGAGUGUUUUGGCUACACCGCCUGCUCAAAUUCCUCUACAACGUCUGUUGUUACUGGGAGAUCCGAUCCUUCUACAUCAACGCACUCAAAAUGACCAUGUCAGAACUCCCUUAUGCAACAUGGCAGGAGGUUCAGGCCAGGAUAGUGGAGAUCCAGAAGGAGCACCAGAUCUGCAUCCAUAAAAAAGAACUAACGGAGCUUGACAUCUACCACCGCAUCCUCCGCUUUAAAAACUACAUGGUUGCCAUGGUGAAUAAAUCACUCCUUCCUGUGCGAUUUCGACUUCCUGGUCUUGGGGAGUCUGUGUUCUACACCCGCGGUCUCAAAUACAACUUUGAGCUCAUCUUCUUCUGGGGGCCAGGUUCUCUGUUUGAGAAUGAGUGGAGCCUGAAACCAGAGUACAAGAGAGGAGGGAACAGGCUUGAGCUGGCAGACAGGCUGGCAUCCCGUAUCCUGUGGAUUGGGAUUGCCAAUCUGCUGCUGUGUCCUGUCAUUCUGGUGUGGCAGAUUCUCUACGCCUUCUUUAGCUACACAGAGGUUAUAAAACGAGAGCCUGGUUCUCUGGGAGCGAGAUGCUGGUCUCUGUAUGGUCGAUGUUACCUGCGGCACUUUAAUGAGUUGGACCAUGAGCUCAUGUCCCGCCUCAGCAAAGGCUACAAAGCUGCAUCCAAGUAUAUGAACUGUUUCCUCUCACCGCUGCUGACGGUGGUUGCUAAAAAUGUGGCGUUUUUUGCCGGGUCUCUUCUGGCUGUCCUCAUUGCACUGACUAUCUAUGACGAGGACGUCCUGGCAGUAGAGCAUGUUCUCUCAUCCAUCACGCUUCUUGGAGUGUGUAUCACAGUCUGCAGAUCAUUUAUCCCAGAUAAGCACAUGGUGUUUUGUCCUGAGCAGCUGUUGAGGGUUAUCCUGGCUCAUAUCCACUACAUGCCUGACCACUGGCAGGGCAAUGCACAUAGAUAUGAGACUCGAGACCAGUUCUCCCAGCUCUUCCAGUACAAAGCAGUGUUUAUUCUGGAGGAGCUGAUAAGUCCAGUGGUGACUCCCAUAAUCCUGAUCUUCUCUCUGAGGAGGAAGUCUCUGGAGAUCAUUGAUUUCUUCAGGAACUUCACUGUGGAGGUGAUUGGGGUAGGAGACACUUGCUCCUUCGCCCAGAUGGACAUCAGGCAGCAUGGACACCCUGCGUGGAUGUCUGAGGGGAAGACAGAGGCGUCUAUCUACCAGCAGGCAGAGGACGGGAAGACAGAGCUGUCUCUGAUGCACUUUGCCAUCACCAACCCUCAGUGGCAGCCUUCUCAGGAGACCACACACUUCAUCAGCCAGCUGAAAGAGAAAGUUCACAGAGAAGCCACAGGAGGUCCUUCAGAUACACAUCCACUGUCUGAGUCUGAGCCGAGGAGCCUUAUUGCAAACGUCUUGCUGGGUCCGUCUACACUGAACUCCGUUCAUUUCAGCGCAGACGGCUCUUUGACCAAUCAUGCAGCAGCUGGCUUGGGCAAUGGGGCAUCUGCCUUACGCUCCCUUUCCCCGAUCAGCAGCAGUCUUCAACUGAGGGGAAGCUUGAGUGCAGCUCACAGGCCUUCUGGCCACACUUCAACCACCAGCAAAGCAAUGGCCGGCUCUGGAACGGAUGCCUGGACUGUGAGCUCCGGCAGCAGUGCAUGGGAGGGUCAGGUCACCAGUCUGGUCCUCUCAGAGUACGCCUCCACUGAGAUGAGCAUCCAUGCACUUUACAUGCAUGAGUUUCACAAGCAGCAGUCCCGUGGCGAGCUGUCCCGCCACACAUGGCACAGGCAGGAAAGUGACGAAAGCAGUGACAGCAUCCCCGAUGAAGUGAGGAGCGAACCCAACCCUCACUCCAGACACUUACUUCGCUCACACACUUUCCCCACCACAGUUCCCAGUCCAUGUGCCAUUCCCACGUCAGCUUCAGCCAUCGUCAGUACCACCCGGGGCCAGGAGGGGGCUGCAUCGUCACACAAGAGCAGCAGCCAACGGCCGUUUAGUGGGUCUACAGCAGACUCUUUUAGUGCAGGGGGGAGAGUACUGAGGUCAGCCCGUGGUGUGCCCAUGGGAGGGUGGGCAGAGGAGGGUCAGGCAGCGCCCCGACACCCUGAUACACUACCAGAAGAGGGCUUAGAGGACGAUAUGCCUCCUCACAUACACAAGGUUACAUAAACAAGCUAUGUGGAUGAGUAUCAGCGACAAAUCCUUCAUAGAUGUCCAUAUAACCAUUCCUCGUCUUCAAACAAACCUUUUCACCAGGAUUAACCCUCUGAUCUGACACAGGUGAAGAUGGAUAUGUGUCAGUCCAGUGUACCAUGAUGAUCUCUACAAACUUUAUGAGUGAAAUCAUCUGGACAAGUUACAAUGAUAAACCAUUCAAAGAUACUUUAAGACUUACCACGUGCAAACAGGGUGAAUAUCUGAUUGUGUGUAUCAGAAGAGGAACUACAGGAUCAAGUUAUUUAUAAUAGCCAUCAAUGCCAUCAGAUUAUGCUUUGCUCUCUUAUAAUGUCAAAAUAUAAUUAAAGUGCAUGUGGUGCUUAGAUGAUGUUAACAAAAAACACUUAAUUUCCUGUAUUAUUCUGCUACUAUUGCUGUAGAAAAAUAGGUUAAAACUGGCUCACAAUGUGAUCACAAUAAUCUUAAUUGUGCUAUCUGUAUUGUUUCCCCCUUUUGCAAUGAAUAUGUUCAGAAAGAUGCUUCUAACACAAUGACUUUCAUUGUUUGUAUCUUACUGUAUUAGUGUACCAGAAGUUGGAGGCUCUGUAUCCUACCCUGUGCUCUGUACUUCAGCUCACAUUCUGCCUCUUCACAAAACACAUGAAGGCCUCAAAUAGUAUAAAAAUUCCAUGCCACGUUUUAAAUACCAUUUUACUCCUUACCUUUUAUUUAUUUCUGCAUGUAUUGCGUAACAAAAUGUGUAUUUUUUAAAUGUUCAGAGUCUGGCUCAGUUUGCACAUAUAAAUUCUUGUUUAAAAGAUAAUUGUACAGUGUAGCCUGGUAUUUUGCAGAACGCACACAUGGACUGUGUAAAUACUUUAAAUGUUAGGAUAUUUCACAGGAAUCAUUUAGAAUGUAAAAUUAAUCAAAUGUACACAAUGAAAAGGCCAACAUUGUGUGUGUAACCAGUCAUGCUGUAUGUAAGCACAUUUUAAUCAGAUUCAACCUAGUUUUUUUUUUUUCCAGGAUUUAUUAAUUUCACCCUGCGAAAUGGCGCAGCAAACAGAGAAGGCUGUUUUAAGCGUGUAAUAUUAACGUAUGUGCCAUACAAAAAAAACCUCGAGCACAAGUGCAUGACCAUCAGCUACACAUUGUUCUAAAGAGUUGCAACUCAUCCCAAAAUAACAUUACUUUCCCAUGACCAUCUCCACAUCCAGCUUAAUCACAGCAUGACUUUCCCAUGUUCUGCUGUCAUUAAACCACAAUUUCUUUUAGCAAAGAAGUAUGCACUUUAAUUAUCUGUUAAUACAGAGGGUGUCACCUUACUGGGGUUAUUCGUUGUGUAUCUUUCUUAUACAUAUUUUUAAAUAGUUUAUUUAUAAAAGGGAUGUGCCAUGAUGAUUGCCUGUUGUGAAUAGGAUAAGUUUACUGUUGUGCACUUGGAUAGGAAUUUAAAAAAGCCUUGUCACAUUGUUAUCACUAUUAUUAUGGUUAAUGGUGCAGUGCUUCACUUUCAAGAUAAAAGUGAGUAUGGUUUAGAGGUUUUGUUGUUUGUUUUAUAAAUCCUGUAAAAUAUCAUUUGUACAGAUGUAAAUUAAUUCAUUAAAGAAAAAAAGCAAUGUU